GACAGUAAUAACAAUAACAGUGAUAAAUUCGACAGCAUUUUUACCGAUAGUGAUAAUAAUUUUUUGUUUAUAUUUGUUUGUUGCAUCGGAUGUAAUGAAGCAAGGUUUUUCUUGAAUUCUCACAUAAUAUCUUUCAGAGCAGCAAACAGCUACAAAUUGAAAGAGAAAGUGCGAUUGGAUCGUUUGUGGAUCGCCUCAAAUAACUGCCCACAUUCGUUCUUAAUCGGAUGGCCAAUCUGCAAUUUCAUUGCUCAUUUCGCAAGUGAAGAUGAGAAAACGAAAUGGCAGCAAUUGUUGACUGAAGGAAUUGAAAGGAGUCGUGCUAAAAUACAACCCAAAUCCACAACUCUACCGAUACUUAUACGAAUUGAUGGACGAAACCAGAUCACAAUCGAGCAAACCAGUGGCGAUGUUCUGAUGGAUUUGAUAAAUAUGCUAUCGAUUCGACAUUGCGACGAUCUGGAGUUGUUGUUCGAUUCGGGUGGCUAUGAGAGUGAGAUUGUGCUGCAAGGACCCGAGAACGUGUUCUGUGUGGUGCUCGAGUCUGUGAAACGUACCGGGUAUCGCCUUUCUGAAGUGCAAUUCGAACGUCUCGAUACGUUCCCACUGAUACAGUGUCGUCUGGUGCUAACAACCGCGUCUGCGUCAAGAAGCAAUGCCGCACAUUCUUUUGUUACGCAAUUCAAGUUCGUCGUCUUCUCGAUAGCAUGUGACCUGCUAAACACAUGA